AUGACUAAGAGCAAGAACGUCUUCUUGAUCACCGGGGGCUACGAUCACAGCAUCAAGUUGUGGGACGUUCACAAUGGCGCCUGUGCUCGGACCCUUCAGUUCCCGGACUCCCACAUCAACUUGCUGCGGGUCUCACCCAAUAAGAAGUGGUUGGCUGUUGCUGCCCACCCUCUGAUCCGCAUCUACAAGACGGACUUCGCGUCCAACGGCCACCUUUCAGAGCUCAUGGGGCAUACCAAGAACGUCACUUCGGUGGUCUUCGACAGCUUCGGGACGGGCCUCUACUCGUGCGGAGAAGAUUGCCUGGUAAAGUUCUGGGACCUCCGUCAAGGAAAGUCGGUCAUCGACUUCAGCCAUGCAGCUCCAUGCAGCUCCCUUGCCCUCCAUCCCUGCCAGCACAUCGUCGUGUCCGGGGACAACGACGGGCACAUUCGAAUCUGGGAUGUCCGGGCGAGGAAGUGCCUGAGGGAGAUGGUGCCUGAGGCUGAAGUUGGGAUACGAAGCUGCAGCAUAACUCCUGAUAGCUCCAUGUUGGUUGCAGCCAAUAACAAUGGCACUUGCUUCGUGUGGCGGCUUGACCCUGAGAGGAAGACAACGUGUGACCUGAGCUUGGAGCCGCUGGUUCAGAUAGACGCGCACAAGACUUUUAUCCUCCGGACGGCCGUCAGCUCCAACUCCAAGUACAUGGCGACGGGGGCAGGUGACAACACGGCCAAGAUUUGGUCGCUACCCAGCUUCGAGCACGUGCACACCCUGAGUGCUCACCAGAGGUGGGUAUGGGACGUUGAGUUUUCAGGAGACUCCAACUUUCUCUUCACGGGAUCGUCAGAUAAUUCGGCUCGAAGUUGGAACGUCGCGCAGGGGGAAGCGAUCUGCUCCUUCAAUGGGCAUCACAAGGUGACAGGAUUAUGCCAGUGUUGA